CGCGGCAUUACAGGCUGUUGUGUGGAUUGUGCGCAUGUGUGCACGUAUCUGUACGGACAUGACGAGCACAGCACAGACUCUGGUGAACUAACGUUUGAUAGACAGAGAAACCGGAGACACAUAAAUGAUCAAGCACGUUUUCUUAACAGGACCUCCGGGUGUCGGGAAGACCACACUGGUCCAGAAGGCUUGUGAAGCCUUGGUGUCUUCAGGCGUGGCGGCGGAAGGCUUCUACACGGAGGAGGUCAGGGAAUCGGGGAGACGAGUUGGCUUUGAUGUAGUCACCCUGGAUGGGAAGAGAGGACACCUGUCUAGAGUCAGGGGCAAUGCCGGUGCCUCUCGUGGCAGACGGGAACACGUUGUCGGGCAGUACGUGGUUGAUCUUUCAUCAUUUGAAAGCCUGGCUCUCCCUCUCUUCAAAAAUGUUGUCCCUGCUGGAGGAGACCGGGGGAAGGUGUUUGUUAUUGAUGAGAUUGGGAAGAUGGAGCUGUUCAGCCAGUCGUUCGUUAGGGCGGUGAGACAGGCCCUGGACAACUGCUCCAUCCUGGGCAGCAUCCCCCUCCCCAAGGACAACCCUCUGGGCCUGGUGGAGGAGGUGAGGGCCAGGGGAGAUGUCAAAGUCUUCACAGUGUCCAAGGAGAACCGAGAUGUCAUCUUACAGGACAUAGUGUCUGCAGUACGAGACAGUCUGAAACAAACUGCCUAGGAGUUCAAACACCAGCCUGGAUCAAGUCUGACCAGCCGAGAUGCAGAAGCAUCCAUCAAGUCUUGGAGAUAAGCUGAUCCCCUGCUGGGAUAAACGCAGCCUGUUAAUCUUGUGAAGCUUCAACUUUCAACUCUUCUGAUUCUCUUCGCCCCAGUGUGCUGCUUGUCCAGCCAGUCGUUCUCAGACAUUAAUGGAAGAUUCGCACGCUCCUUACAACACGUGAGCCGACCUGGAGUGCUUCAUUUCACAUGGAGGAUUUAGUGCAGUGUGUCACAUGCAUACAUUUAUGUAAGCAAUCAAGCUUUUCUUUUUCUCAAAAUGGAUUGCGUGAUGAAUAAUGGAUGAGUGUGUAGCAGAGGACCAGGAGGGCAGAUGCACCUCCAGGACUCAGAGGAGCUGUGACGGUUUGUUGUGGCCCUUCAUCUCACAUGAAAGCCUCCGCAGACGACAAGUUUCCUCCAGAACGACAGAGGCGUUGUGUGUGGAGGUCUGUGGUCGACUGUAAGGCCAUUCAUCACAGUCCUCACUGUGGUCGACUGUAAGGCCAUUCAUCACAGUCCUCACACCAGCAGGCUGCCAGCUUGUCUUCUGGAACUCAGAAGUGCUCAUGCAACAGCAAGAAGAAUAAAUAUUUGAAAAGACAGUCUUCCAUGUGUUUUAUUCAUGACUUAAUGAAUAAGGACACAUGCAUUGGGGAAAUAAAUUACAGAAAAUUACCCAUCUUGGGCAGUAUAGUGGAGGCAAAAUAAUCCAGACUGUACUGUAAUAACCAUAUUUGAAGGUUUUACACAAUGAUUUGCCCAAAUUACUGGGUUUGGCCCUUAUUUAUUUUUGAAAGGAUAGUAAACAUUGUAGUAAGUAGGAACAGAUGUGGGAAAGUCUUGAUGUUUUCAGUGUUCGAAUCAGAUACUCAGCAAGAGAACGCUGAGGAAACAGGGUUUUGUUGUUUAUUCAUAAUAUAUUAAUAUUUUACACUCUGAUUUUGUAAUCAGAUUUGAUUUUUGGUUGUGUGGAAACAACACAAAAAGAUUACUAGUUAUGUAAAUAACAGUAAAUAAAGGAGAAAUAAGCUCCCUUUUGUUUAAAGUU